AUUUGACAGUGCGCGAAAGAUUGUUGUUCACAACUGACCGAUAUUUCCCUCGAUCAAACACUAAUCUUGAGAAAACUAAUGCUUACAAGACAUGGAUCGCUACGUGUUGGUUAUAUCAUUUUGCCAAACUGAUGAUAACCUGGCGGAGGAGUAUACAUCCCUAGAGCCAGUAAAGCAGAUACAUGACAAGCUUGUGGACAUCUCAACACAUGAGUCAGUGAGAGGGGUCUCUGUGUUCCCAGCUUGUUCUCUUAGUGGCAGCCCAUCAUUUCAGAGGUGGCACUUUGCUGUUCAGGCUUGCCAAGGACUUACGCAGUUCUGCAGCUCCGACUGGGAGGAGCUGGGGACGGGCCAGAGGAGUGACAGUGAGGAGGAGAAGCCCACUGCUGUGGAGUCAUGUCUCACUUCUCUGAGUAAUCAGGAGGCAGUGGAUCAGCUGACACUGACAGAGCUGUUAGAGGAAGCUGCAGAAGGACUUCAUCUACUGUCAGACAAGCUUCCACCUCCAGGUAAAGCUUUAUUGGAUGUGCUGGUGUUGGGCAAUGCAGAGCAGUCCCCUCCUAUUCAAGAGCUGCUGCCUCUGCUGGGAGCCCUUAAACAUUUAUGCUGCUGGCAUGCUGCUAAGAUCACCAUAGUCACACAGCACACAACUGGGUGGCAGAAAGCAGCAUCGUACCUGAGUGGCAGUCUGGUGGAGCCUGCUGACCUUCACAGCUGCAUCGACCAUAGAGAAGUGUGGAGGGGCGGCCUGGUUAUCAGAGAGAAGAAGAAUGUGUCGGAGCUCCGUUUCGACGGCUUUUCUCUGCGUUCUCCAGUGCAUCACAUAUCAGGGACCAGUCUCUUGCACGCUCCCUGCACCACUACAGACCACAAACUGCAGUGUGAGGUCUUCCAUUUCUACGCACCAGUUUUAGAUUUGAUUCAGAUGGUCGAUCUGUCGGACCUGCCCAGCUUUCUGAUGUCCACAACCCAAUUUGAACUAAGCCUGUCUGGGAAGUCAAUGAAAACUAAACUUCUGUUGGACCAGCUGAGUUCACUGCAUGGAAAGGUUGGAGCAUUGUUCAGCCUGUCCUGUAUAAUCACCCCCCUCGCCCAGCCCGCAGCCAGCCAACUCAGCUCCCAGCGCUGGAGAGAGUCCAUAGCCAGGAGACCAAAGUCCUUACCUGUGCCUGACGUGGAGGUGAAAGGUGAGAGUGCUCACUACCUCCUGCUGGUCCAGGGCUCGGCUGAGAACCAGUCUGGAGGCUGCAGGGUCAGGAUGCUGCACUCAGACGGUCAAAUCAACGGAGCGGCUGCCAUGGCAACCGUCUCCGGGCUGCUGAGAGAGAAGUCUCUGUCUUCAUCAGGAGGAGCUCCAGGCAGCAUCCUGUCUUCUUUCCCCUGUGUCGAUGGAGACGGCCUGCUGAGGAGAGAGAGGAAGGUGACCAAAGUCCAGACACUGGUACUCAAAGAAUAUCUCAGACAGAGAGAAGAAGCAUCAGCCUCAACAUCAGUACCCAUCAAUGACUUGAAAGCCAUUCUGAGUCUUGCCAGGGAGCAGUAUCUCAAGAUGAUUGACUCCACUUUGCCGUCUGCUGCCACCUGUCUGACAGACGAGCAGGAGAGCUCAGACACCAAGAACUCAGGUUUUCAGACUAUUUCCCAUCUGCAGUCCGACUGGCCUGAGAGGAGCGUCCUCCACAACAUAGAGAACCUGCAGAGGAGACGACAGAAGAGGAGACUUGGCCUGUUAGGUCCAGGGUCCAGUGACAGUCUGCUGGGUCCUAAAGACAGUCAGAAGAGUUCCUCUGCAUUACUGGACGCCAGAGAACUUCUGAAACAUUUCACAUCUGAUGGCCAGCCCAUCGCCGAGCUGCAACCGCUGCUUAUCAAUCGGGGUAUUAAUAUAUUUCAGUUGUCACCAGACCUUUCUCCCAGAAGAGUCAGCCAGAUGCCCUUCAACAAAGCUUCGGUAUCCCAUUAUCACGGCAUAGAGUUCUGCCUGGACAACCAGCGGUCUUUGGACAGGGACCAGGCCUUCGUAAAACUCCAGUCGCGUCUGAUCCGUUACGAGACCCAAACCACCUGCUCCAAGGAGCCAUGUGCUCUCCCCUUCGCCCUCAGCCCCGCCCCCUCCCCUGCUGUGAUGUCAGAACCAGGAAGUGUGCCUGACGGAGAGACUCUGCAAAACGCGGAUGUGGCACGUCUCAAGCGCAAGUCAUGGGACACGGACAUUAUUGGAGGUUAUCCUCGCAAGAGACUGGUGAAGUCAGAGAGCAGUGACUCUCUCUGUUCUCAGAGCAGCGGCAGCAGUGGGACACACCCUGCCAUCAGGUCUCUACGGCAACAGCCCAGCAGAUCCCAGUCCACAUCCUCAGGUUUGGUGACUCAUCCUCCUUCUGACAAACCGAAACCUCAGCAGCUAAAGACACAACAGAAACAAGAGGAGGACAAAUCUUCGAAAGAGUCGAAAGAGUCACGCUCCCAGAAACACAACAGGAUGCUGCAGGAGGUAGUGGCUAAAACACUCAAACACCACGGGAUCACUGCUGAGCAUCAGUGCUUUGAGGCCUGCAGAAAAAGACUGUUUGAUAUCUCCAAAUUCUAUCUCAAGGAUCUGAAGACAUCGCGUGGUCUGCAUGAUGAGAUGAAGAAAGCAGCCAGCAGCAACGUUAAACAGGUCAUUGACUGGGUGUUGGAGAAGACCUCAAAGAAGUAAAGAGUCUUACAGAACAAGUGAGAAAAAAACUUGAUUGUGUUUAAUCUGUAAAAACUGCAUCUUGUGUCAGAUUUAGAGUGUUUGUUUUUAAGUCUUCCUGAUCAGCUUUAAAUUGUUAAAUUAAGCCUGUUUUAAUUAACUUAAUCCUUUUAUUUAAUUUUAUCAUGUCUUUUACUAAGGGGAUCAUAUAGUGACAUAUGAUUUUUUUUUAAAUGUGUUAUGUUUUUUUGUUUGUGUUUGAACACAUUUAUUCUGAUAUGCUGCCAUUGCUCCAGAGCCUUUAAACAUAAAUAGAAACAUACUGAGACAAAUUCGAGAGGGUGCUCUCAGCUCUCUGAGAUUAUAAAUCCUUUCCAAUAUUUUAUUUUUUUCUAAACUCACAAUUUUAUGCCUUAAUACAUGUAUAUAUUUGAUCUUUUCUCUGUUUGUAACACAAUAAAAGUGUUUUUCUUUCAUGUAA